CUAUGAAACAGAUGCUAAAAGAAACACGGUUUACGAAAUAUCGCCCAAAAAUCUAAAUGAGAAAAUCCCAUCUUCCAGCAAGAAGCGCAAUUUGUUUAAUAUAACAUGGGUUGUGAUGAGAGCAAGCCUCAAUAUUUUCAUCUCCAUCCAGAGAUGAUGUAUAACCACACGCAAGUACUAACUGGCGAAAUAAAUCAACGGUCUUAUCCCGAAACGAUUGAACAAUAUUGUAAAUCGCUUGCAGGACUCAAGUUUCACGGACAAAAGAAUAGAAAAAAUAAUGACACCUGCACUGAACCAACAUUGGUGAAACAAAACAAUUUAGGUUACGUUCUCUCCCAAUUGGACGCGAUAAUUAGAGGAAGUGGCAAAACCUUCGAAGUUGACGAGGAAAGUUUUUUCGAAAAGAUUCACCCACUCGCUGCUUUAAGAAAACGAACAAUGGAAACAUUUGAAGAAUGCCUUUCACGAUUGGAAAUUGAUGGAAAACGAUUUUUGAAAAUUUAUAAAUGCCGUAAAGUCUUAUCUGGAGUGCUUACAGAAGAUAAAUAUUGGGGAUGUAGGCAGCAACUACUAUCAGGAAAAGUUAUUGCAGACUGGGUAGAUACCACUGCUGGACCAAUGGAUCCAAUAUUUGGUGUUCUACUAAACCCAACUGCAGGGCUUGUUGGACCUGGAAAUUCAUUUCUACACCAGCUAUUUUUUGACUGUGAUGGAACAUUCGCAUACCAUUCAGCAGUCCACGAUGGUUUUGGGUAUCUUAAACUUUACCAUGACAUCGGACCUGGCUACGAUUAUUUGAGCAAAAAUUGGUUGUGUGAUAACAAUAUGAUGGCAGGCCAAAUUUCUGGGAUAUGCUUCUGGUCGAAAUUUAUCAAGGAACACAAAAAGUUCUCUCUGACACAAACCGAUUCUAACGGAGAAGAUUGUUCACGCAUUUUAUAGUUACGUUAGCUGCAAAUCGCUAAGAAUAUGAUAACAAACGAUAAUUUUAUCUUUAUUAUAAUUCGUUAAAGUUUCUUGCAUGUAGCGAAGAAAACAUUUUGUUUAACUCGAAAUAUCAAGUUCGUUCAAAAAUUUAUACUUGAGAAAUCUCGUCUAA